AUGCUGGUGAGAGAGCUGGUCGACGGAGACGAGGCUUCCGAGAGGGAGCUUCAGGCGACAGUGUUAACGUGCCUGUAUUUGAGCUACAGCUACAUGGGGAACGAGAUCAGCUACCCGUUGAAACCGUUCCUCAUCGAGGACAGCAAAGACAAGUUCUGGGAUAGGUGCCUGUUGAUCGUCAAUCGACUGAGCUCCGAGAUGCUACGGAUUAACAGCGAACCUGGAUUCUUCACGGAGGUCUUCACUGAACUGAAGGUUCGUUAUAAUUUGCCUGCGGAGCUGGCGAUCGGGGUAGUCUGCCUGGUACCGGCCUCGAGCGGAGCCUCGUCGUCUCCGGAGUCGCGGUACCCACCAAGGCGGCUUGACGGAGCUACACACACUUGCUGGUGCGCAUCGACAGGCGCGGCUGCGACGUCACGACACUCUGACGACGGCCGUCGCGACGACGAGGAGCUGCUCCCGCAGCUUGACCCCUCCGCAUCGACCUCGACCUCGACGUUGCAUCGACAACCUCAUCAGCAUCAUCAUUAUCAUCAUCAUCGAUCUAGCCGCGACGAUGGGGAGCCAAGUGGACGAUGUCCGUCCUGUGGCCAGAGGCGACGCGAGGAGAUCUUCUACACCAUCGAGGAUCUGGACGCGAUCGAGCCAGCGCCUCUCGAGUCCCAGAGAACGCCAACGUCCCAGAGGAUCUGCAGCUGCGACACGUCGAUCGACGCGACGACCGACAGAGAUCGCGCAGACCUACGCAAAUAUCACAGCGUUGAUCCCAGAUGGGCCGACGGCAAUUUCCUCUCUCCGGACGACGCGAUCUGGGAUUUGAAGAAGCGCACCAGCGAGGGGACCGAGUUUCGAUGGGCCCUGCACACGUCCAACACCGAUCUGGACCUAGCCAAGAAGACCAGAUGCAGCUGCCACAGUCUGACACCGGAGGAGAAGAAGCCGCAUGAGAUCCAACGUGGCGACCUCAGGAAGCACCAUAGCGCGGAGACGGACAAAUGGUCGGUCAAGCCGGAUUACUUGAAAACGCCGAUGCACGAUCUAAGGAAGCACAGCAGCGACGACACCAGAAUGGCCAGGGAAGCCAGAUGGCUGCAAGUUCCGGAGGUGUUGCCGAAUCCAAAACCGAGAUGCACCUGUCCAAAGUCGAAGACCUUGGCACCUUCGCCGCCUUCGGAACCGAAGGAACCGCCCGAGCCGGAGAAACCGACGAUACAAGAGCCGGAGAGGAAACUGUACCAUUCUGCGUCGCUGACUGUGGAACGUAAAGAAGAACGGGUCACGCAGUUAGCACCGGAGAAACCGGAACUGAAGAAGCACGCCAGCGAGGACACAAGGCUAGUGAGGGCAGAGAGGGUCAGGCCGAAGCUGGAACGAUCCCACGCGAGAGUCGACAGUCAAACGUCGAAGAAAUGGGGCGCGAAGGAGAAGGUGAGCAGCCCGGACGAAGGGAAGAAACCUCGGCCAAAGUGGGCGAUGAAACCGCACUUCUCUCUGCCCGAGAAGAAAGAGUCGAAAUGGAGGAGCCAAGACUCCACGGAGGGGUUCAAAAGCAAGAGCUUGAAGGAACGACCGAAGUAUAGCAUUCGAAGAAGCAUGUCGCCGGAGCCGGAUCCUCGACAGAUAACCAAGUUGGAGAACAGGGUUGUUCGAAGGUUGAUCUCUCCGGAGAUUACGAUCACGGACGCCAAGUGGGCUCCGUACGAGGACGCUUCUCCUCUGCCGACGAUCGGGAUCAAGAAACGAGAGCCAAAGCACAUCAGCGAGAUCAAGUGGACCCCUUACGACGGUUCACCGUCGGACGACCGUGGCGGUAGCUUCGCAGUUCAAGAGCCGGAGGAACCGAAAUCCUGGUCGCCCUUCCACAACGUAACGCCGACGCAUCAUCCACCGCCGGAGGCGACGCCGUGCAGAAGCGACGACGAGGACUUCCGAUGGCGGAUCCUCAACCAAGUGUCCGCGUUCCCGCUCUAUCAAGGCGCCUGGAAGGACGAAUCACCGGAGAGAACUCCACCGAAGAAGGUACAGUCUCCAGUUGACUUGUCUCCGCCGAUUUGGUCGCCUCUGGUCCCUACCACUCCCGUGAAGAGGCAGAGAUCGCAGCAACAGCAGUAUUCUCCGCAGCCUGUCCAGAGAAAGAGCAUCGUGAAGAGCCGCGGCUUGUCAAAAAAGAAAGCUAUGUCAGCCAUGAGAGCUAGGUCAGAGAGUGUCUAUCCCGAGAGCGAGAACAGAUUGGUGCCGCCUACCGUGAUCGUCCGCGCGGCUAGCGAGGAAGCAAAGGGCCGACAGAGGCCGCAGUUGACGAGAUCGAAGGCAUUGUUAGAAGUUCCCGUGACGAUGGGGAUCACCAAGAGAUCGUUAAGCGAAGAGGUGCCUCGUAUGCGUGCUCGUGAACGGGCACGUGCUCCUCAUAGAGCUCGCAGCGAGGAGGCGCCCAAAUACGAGGACCCGUGGUUUGCUAACGCGGACGCCGAGACGACCGAGUUGCGGGAAUACGUGACGACGGUUUAA